AAUGCAAUAAUUGUUGUCCUCUACUUACUUCUACUUACCGUUAAUGUUCCUUUGCUUUGAAAUACUCAACUCUAGAAACUAGAAAGCAAAGGGAAGAGAGAGAGAAGAUAUGGCAAGGGCAUGCUCAUGGGAACUGACAUGUGCCCUCCUUCUGCUCCUCUGCGCCGUUGCCACCGCCACCGACCACAUUGUGGGAGCCAAUCGUGGGUGGAAUCCUGGCAUUAACUACACUCUUUGGGCCAACAACCACACUUUCUAUGUCGGCGACCUUAUCUCAUUCAGGUACCAAAAGAACCAAUACAAUGUGUUUGAGGUGAACCAAACAGGGUAUGACAACUGCACCACAGAAGGGGCAGUGGGGAAUUGGAGUAGUGGCAAGGAUUUCAUACCCCUUAACAAGGCCAAGAGAUACUACUUCAUUUGUGGCAAUGGCCAGUGCUUCAAUGGGAUGAAGGUCUCAGUUAUUGUCCAUCCUCUUCCUUCACCUCCUACCUCUGCUGAACAUUCAACUCCAAAGUCUGCAUCUCCUGUGCUCUUCAAAAGGAGUUUUCACUCACUAAUGCUGUCUUUUGUGUUAGCUUGGUUUGGAUGUGUUUGGAUUUAGCAACUGUGGAGCAUAAUGGCUUAUUCUUUUCUCUUUUCUUUUUCCUUCCAUCUCAAUUUGUUCGUGUAUCUUCCAUGUUUACUUCGGAUUCUCGUCAUGAAUGGAUUCAUAUUUCUAAGUGACAUGCAAACUUGUUAGUUCUGAA